AUGGUUUCAACAGAGCCAAGUAUGGUGAUAAAGGGAAUCAAGGGGAGAAGCAGAAAGGUAAGAGACCGGUGUCAGAGUCUCGAGAAAGCUCUGAUAGAAAUGGCAUAUCCCGGGAUGAACAAGGCUAUCGAUACUAGGCCAAUAACCGGGCAGUUGGCGAUGUCAGAAGGCAGUACCGAGCUCAGCCUCAUGGUUGUCGACGCGGUCAGCAGUAACGUACAACCCUCCAACCGAGGCGAUGGGACGGUUCUGGAUGUGACCGGAUUGGAGGUUCGUAAUGAACUUUCUCAUGAACCUGCGUUGGAGUAUGGGAAAAAUGUACGCAAGGCUCUGUUUCAAGAGCUGAAAGAGACAACAGAGGAGCAAAAGGGACUUGGGAUCAUGGACGGUCUGGUACCGGCUACGGAGGUCAACGGUGCGAGUAGUGAGGACAUGAUAUUGGAUCCAAUGGUGACCGAAUCUAACCAGCUUUCUGAAGCACUCGAGAGCAAGGUCUCGGAUACAGAUGAAGUAAGACAGGAAGUUGACUUACAAGUUCAGAUAGAGGAGAGUGGAAAUGAGGGUAAGGGUUCAGUGCUGAUGAUUAAGGAGAGUGCAACAACUAAGAAUCAUGUCGAACAGGUUGACACGGAGAAGCCAGUAGUGGCUGCGACGAGGAAGAAAAUCGGUAAAGGGACUGUUAUGCUUAAAGGGAUGGACUGA